AUGUCUGGAUUGGAGGUACUUGGUGCUGCGUCUGCAAUUGUUCGCCUCAUUGAAGCAGCUUCUAAAGCCGUCGACUUUAUUCAAGCGGUCAAGGAUGCAGAUAAAGAAGCUCUUGAGUUCUCGUCCCGAGCGCGAACCAUUCGUUACCUCCUUCAAGAGGGAAUGUGGGAAUGGCAUCCUUCUUCAGGUGAAUGGCUCAAAAGAUCCAGAGAGUAUCAGGAUUGGUAUAGUAUCAAGGGCGCCCGUCUUUGGUGGUCUGGAGUUGCGGGCGCAGGAAAGACAGUCCUCGCAACCAUCGUGGUCCACGACUUGAGUGCUCGCUAUGCUCAAGACAACCAUACACAAGUCUUGAAGAUUUACUUUGAUAACAGUCGUGAGCGAAGUCGUACUGACUGCCUAGGAAGCCUGUGGAGGCGACUGGCGUCCAGGCGACAAUUCAGCGACAAAGAGAUUGCUCUCUUGGACAAAAGAUACGUCGAGCAGCGCAUACUCCCCGAUCAGGCGAAAUGGAAGGAGAUGAUAGCGAAUGAAGCUCAGCGUUAUAGGAAGAUUUUUCUGAUUCUUGAUGCUUUGGACGAGUUUGCAGACCGUCAUCCUAUGCAAUUUGUCGAGGACCUGGUGAGCCUGCUGCCAUUGGCGAACACGUUGAUCACAUCGCGACCAGACCUCCGCAUCAGAAAUGCGUAUCGUUUGAUAAAAGCGGAAGCCUUGCGGAUCGAAGCACAUAAUGUGGACUUACAGGAAUAUGUUCACAGCAGGAUCACAGGCAGUGCCAACAUGGAUCUUGUAGUGCAGGCACCUGAUCUGGGCGAUCUAAUUAAGGAUAUGGUCCUUAAGAGCUCUCAGGGGAUUUUUCUGAUGGCUAAGUUGCUUAUGGACGAUAUUGAAACUCAGCGAACGCUGUCGAAGCUCAGAAAAAAGCUGGACGAUCCUCCGGGAAACCUGAAACAAGCCUACGACAAUUCCCUCCUGAGAAUCGAAAGACAGGCAACAGUGGAUGCUGACAUCGGAAAAGAGGUUCUGUUUACACUGUGUAUUGCGAAGAGUCCACUCACUGUCAAGCAGCUACAAUCCGUCAUCUCUCUGGACUUGGAGGACGUUUCGCUGGGCCCUGAGGACGAAAUAACGGAAAGAGCCUUGAUUGGCAGCUGUGCGGGCGUGGUAGUCGUUGACGAGAUCAGCCAAAUCGUCCGCUUCGGUCAUCAGACGACUCGUGAUUAUCUCUAUGAGUCCCACGCUACCCAGAUCGCGCAGGCACAACUAGUCCUACUUAAAAAGUGUCUGACGUAUUUGAGGUCUCCCAACGUACGGAUCGAGCGCUGGUCUAAGGAUGACCACAUCCAGCGCCUGCUGAAAGUCUACCCUUUCCUCGAGUACGCAGCAGUCCACUCGGGUGACCACGCCAGGGAAGUCGGCACUGAGCACCAGGAAGAGCUCCUAAGCGAUAUCAUGGAUUUGUUGCAACAGGAUGAAAAUCUCGCUUGUGCUGUACGCGUCCUGCUGUACAAGACUAGUAGUGACUGGAUAGGAAGGCACAAAUGGGGAGCUUGGGGCGCCGAACAACCAACAAAGGGCAAAAUGCGAGGCAUAAAUCUGGUCGGAUAUUGUGGUCUUGACCAUGCCCUGACGCACAUACUCCGGGCUUCACCAGGUGAAUACCUCCGAUCACAGGAUAGUUCUGGCAACGCUUUGCACUGGGCGGCGCGAGGAAACCAUGAAGCCGUCCUGAAAAUACUUGUGGAACAACCAGGCGUUGAGCGACCAAUCAAGCAAUACAGUGAGCUUGCACAUACACCUUUACAUGUAGCUCUUGUCUUUCGGAGGACACUGGCAUUGGAGAUUCUCCUAGACAAUGGUGCAGAUCCUUCCAUCAAGGUUCAAAGAGAACCGGAUUGGCAUUCUCUCCAACUGGCUAUCCGACAUGGGCCCUCCGGGCAUGUUGACAUUCUUCUCAGAAGAGGCAAUCAGGAGAGUCUUUUAUGGGCUCGCGACAUUCUUGGGAGGCUUGCUUUGAAUAUUGCUGCUGAUUCUGAAGACACUGAGUCGCUUGACAAAUUUUUGCCACUCUACUCUCACGCCGUCAGGGAUAGGCAUGAAAUGGCUGAACUAGUCGACUUCAUGCAGCAGAAUCCACUUCAUCAAGCGGCUCAAAAUGGCCACAAACGUGCCACUGAAGCUCUCCUUCAGCACGACCUUGCUAAAGUCUUCGCUCAAGGGACCAAUUACCGCAAACACCUUCCGUGUCGCUGCCUGGAAUGGCAGACUCGAAAAGCCCUCUGUGAUGCUGCUUCAAGGGGUCAUCCGGAAGUCCUCCGUGUCCUAGUAGACUUUUUCGGUGCUUCCCAACAUGCAGAUCGUCUAUUCAGACGCGCGCUGGUCAACGCUGCGGAAGAUGGUACGAUAGAGAGUGUUGUAGCUUUGACAACGAAAAUAAAUUUCGCUGCGCAGCAUGAUGACCUCUUUUCUGCAUUACUAGUGGCAGCUUCCAAUGGGCAUUUCGAAGUGGUUCGCCAUCUGCUUAAGACUGGAGCGCCGAUCAAUGCGCAAGAUCACCAAGGAUACACGGCACUACAUCUAGCGGCAAGCAAUGGUUUGACGGUCGUAACGCAGACGUUAAUCGCAGCAGGAAGUAGAUUAGGCAUUAAAGAUGUGCGUGGAAGGACACCGUUGGCACUGGCUUUGCAAGAGAAAACGGCUUCGCAGGCAAGAAAACUAGAAGUGGUUCGCCAUUUGUUGAAGAUGGGAGCACCUAUUGAUGUGCAAGAUCAUAAAGGACACACGGCGCUUCAUCUAGCAGCAAGCAAGGAUAUGGGGCUGGUAGCGAAGAUGUUGAUUGCAGCAGGAAGCGAAUUGGACACUGAAGAUGCAAGCGGAAGGACGCCGCUGGCAUUGGCCUUACAAGAGAAGGCGGCUGCCACUGCGAAGCUGCUGGUUCACGCCGGAGCAGCGGUUCCCCCCUUUGAUGACUGUCGGGAUUGGCUUGCCAGUCCAGCCGGGUACAACCGAUACAAAGAACUUGAUGAAGUGGAGCGCGCCCAAAUCCAACAAAAUAUCCAGUCCGCUCCACAUGCUCCGUAUACGCCAUUGUCGGCCGACGAAAUCUUUCGAGCAGCGCUGUAUGUUAGCAAGAUGCUAGGCUUCCGGCGGGAGACAUUACCACUCGUGAAUUUGAUCCUGGAACUCGCUGAAUACUGGAUCGUAUCCGACAGUCAACGCGACGGCGAACAUGAUUUCGACGAGAACGACCGCACUCCCGUCUAUCUCCGAAGCCUUCCGAUAGUGGGGCGGAAUGCGAAUCCUGUACGCCGCAUCGAAAUCUACAUCGUUAGUCAUGAUCAGAGCUCUCAGAACGGCCCUGGCAGUUUCGACAAUAGCUGGACGUGGUUCGAGGUGAGGAGACAAAUGCGAGGAGGGCAAAAGGGCAUUCCGCUCCGGCUUCUUCUCAACAAGACGCGUCGUCGUGAUUGGACGAGAUGGCGAAUAUCAUGGCCGCACCGGCAAGGUUACGACCGGACGCCUUAG